AGCCAAGAGGCGGAAACAUAGGCGAGGAGAGAGAGAGAGAGAGAGAGAAUACAGGAGAAGCUUAGCUCCCUCCAUUAGAGAAAGAAACAGUAGCUGUGUGAAAGAGAAAGCAAGUAGCCGUAGUGUAGACGACGAGGCGAGUGACUCACACUUCUCACCUCUCACCUUCUCUUCUCGUGAUUUCCAUUUCUCACUUUUCUUCUUUCUCUUUCUUCAUUCACUCUCCCACUUCUCUCUCUCGUGCCCUAACCCUAACUCCACCACCUACCUCUCUCUCCCUUUUCAUUCUUCAGCACCGCUCCUUCUCUCUGUUUAUCUAUCACCCUAUAGCCUCCGCUGCUGCCGUUUUGAUCGUCGGCUUUGAUCCCGUUUCAGGAGUUGAAUGUGUCAUUGUGCGAUCAGUAGUGGGAUUUUAAUAGGCAAUUCAACUUUGGGAAUCAAUAUGAUCGAACAGAAUUUCAAAGAAUACGUGGUGUUCUUUCUGAUUCCUGUUCUACGAUACCUUCGGAAAGCUUCUUCAGAAAUGGGCUAAUGUGAUAUUGUAAUAUAGAUAUCAGUUCCUUUUAGCAUUUGAGUGAAUCUUAUAGAGAUGGAUACUUUGGCUAGUACUUCUGAAAUUGUUGAAGCAACUGAAGAAUUAGAUUUCGAUUUGAAAACUGAUGAGAACGAUGGAAAGCAUUCUGUUCUGAAAUCAGGAAAUAGGUAUUCUAUAGAGGAUGACAUUAAUCGCCUUUUUGAAGCAAUUGAUGGUAGAAUUUCAGUCAAGGGUCUUGGUCUAUCCCAUGAAAGCAGUAAAGAUAGUUUACGGAAGAAAGCAAUGAAGAGACCAAUGCGAGUUGGUUCACCACAAAUGUCAGGUAUUGGAAUUUCUGAGCCAGUGAGUUUGAAACAGGCAUUGAGGGGAUUAUGCAUCUCUCAGGCAUCGGAGAUGGCUGCUAUGAAGCGAUUAUCAAGACCAUCAGUUCCUUCAGGGGCCUCAGAAGCAGGUACUAUCAAAAGGUUGUACAGGGCAGUUGUAGUUGAGGCAAAUGGAUCUGGCCUUCCCUUAAGUGAAGGUAAUGGUGAUUUGGUGGAAAUAUCCCUUGUACCAGAAAGAAUAACAACAGCCUCCACUGAGAAGUUGUGUGAAUCCUCUCAAAUGGAUAAAGAAGCGUUAUCAUGUCAAAAUGCUCAUUCUUUACCACAUCAAGUUGUUCCUUUGCUUACAGGGUGUAGUAGUGAAAAACCAAAGAUGGAAGUUGAAAGGAUUAAAUCUACAGAUUUUUCAUCUAUCAAUCAUGCUACUGAGAAACUGCCAGAGGUGGAUGAAAAAACUUCAGCCUCUUUUCUAGCAUCGAUGAAAGUAUCAGCACCAGAAGGGCAGAAAAACCAGUCACAUGCUUCGUCUUUACCUCCUAAUUGCCGCCCUGGUACUGUGGCAAACAAUCCUGCAUGUAAUAGUCCACGAUUUAUGAAACCAAUCUUCAGGAACAAGAGCUUUGUGAAAAAGAAAGUAAAGCAGGAUUCAACUGUUGUCUUCAGCAAUCAGUGUAACGGUAAAGUCAAUAACGAUCUGGGUCCUAGUACAAGCUGUUCAGACAUUUGUGAGUGUACUCCAGAGCAUGGAAGGGAGGAAAGUGUGAAAGCUUCUCCAGCAUCUAGUGCUACAAAUCGUAGUGUUGAAUGCAAUUCAGGCAUUGAAGAUACAAGUUCAAGCAAACAAGGGUUGUAUAAUUCCAGUAGCGCAGCUAAGUCUAUAUUGAUUAAAGUUGAUGAAAAAUCAAGAUCAAGAGAAAAGGGUGAGUUCUCCCAAAGCUCAAAAAGUAGCAUCGGUGAUUAUAGUAGUAGCACAAGUGUUAGUGAAGAUAGCAAUCUAAGUGGGUCUAGUCGUUGUGGCAAUAGACCUCAUAUGUCCAAGGACUUGAGGUGGGAAGCUAUUCGUCAUUUUCAGAGGCAACAUGGAAGUUUAGGUUUGAAGCACUUCAAGCUAAUCAAGAAGCUUGGCUGUGGGGAUAUUGGAUCUGUUUAUCUUGCUGAGCUCACUGGUACAAAUUGUCUGUUUGCUUUGAAAGUGAUGGACAAUGAAUUUUUAGCUAGCAGGAAGAAGAUGUCUAGGGCUGAAACUGAAAGGGAGAUUUUGCAGAUGCUGGAUCAUCCUUUUCUCCCCACGCUAUAUGCCCAUUUUGUGUCCGAUAGGUUCUCAUGCUUGGUUAUGGAGUAUUGUCCAGGUGGAGAUCUACAUGUGCUAAGGCAGAAGCAACCUAGCAGGAGUUUCUCUGAACAAGCAACAAGGUUUUAUGUUGCUGAAGUCCUUCUUGCUCUAGAGUACUUGCACAUGCUUGGAGUUGUUUAUCGUGAUUUAAAACCGGAAAAUAUCCUGGUCCGAGAAGAUGGGCACAUCAUGCUAUCAGAUUUUGACUUGUCACUAAGGUGUACUGUUAAUCCAAUCGUGGUUCAGUCAUCUUCACCGGUUGAAGAGCCCACAAAAAAGAUGUCAAGUCCUUGCUCUGAAGCUAGCUGUAUAGACCCUUUCUGCCUCCACCCGGCCUGGCAAGUGUCAUGUUUUACUCCUCGACUUCUAUCAGUAGCUGCAAAAUCUCGAAAAUUAAAAUCUGACCUGGCUGCUCAAGUCAGUCCCCUGCCACAGCUGGUAGUGGAGCCAACUAAUGCCCGAUCUAAUUCCUUUGUUGGAACUCAUGAAUACCUUGCUCCAGAGAUCAUUAAAGCCGAGGGUCACGGCAGUGCUGUUGAUUGGUGGACAUUUGGGAUCUUCCUGUUUGAGCUUUUGUAUGGCAAGACACCCUUCAAAGGUUCAGGAAAUGAGGAAACAUUGUCCAAUGUGGUGUCACGAAGCCUCAAGUUUCCGAGUAGCCCUAUAGUAGGAUUUCAUGCACGCGAUUUGAUCAGAGGUUUGUUGAUAAAGGAACCUGAAAAUCGAUUAGGAUCUGCUAAAGGAGCUGCAGAGAUCAAACAGCACCCCUUCUUCGAAGGCCUUAACUGGGCGCUGAUACGAUGUGCAAUCCCACCAGAGAUGCCCAAGUUCGGUGAUGCUGGAAGCGGCACACCCGCCACAUUUCCUCAGAACAAGGACAGUGCAAAAUGUAAGGAAUCUAAGGGUACAGAAGAGUAUACAGAGUUUGAGAUGUUUUAGAGUGGGAGAGGAUGUUUGAUUUUCUUUUUUCAAAAAUGAGAUUUCUCAUCCUUGUUGUAACUGAUAUGUAUCUAUAGCAUAUAGUGUAAAUGUAAUUCUGAAAAAUUGGCGGCAACUUAUUAUGAGAUAUAUGUAUACCUUAACACCA